AUGGCUCCCACUGCACCACCUGCAACCAUAAUGGCUCCCACUGCACCACCUGCAACCAUAAUGGCUCCCACUGCACCACCUGCAACCAUAAUGGCUCCCACUGCACCACCUGCAACCAUAAUGGCUCCCACUGCACCACCUGCAACCAUAAUGGCUCCCACUGCACCACCUGCAACCAUAAUGGCUCACUGCACCACCUGCAACCAUAAUGGCUCCCACUGCACCACCUGCAACCAUAAUGGCUCCGCGUGCACCACCUGCAACCAUAAUGGCUCCCACUGCACCACCUGCAACCAUAAUGGCUCCCACUGCACCACCUGCAACCAUAGUGGCUCCCACUGCACCACCUUCAACCAUAAUGGCUCCCACUGCACCACCUUCAACCAUAAUGGCUCCCACUGCACCACCUUCAACCAUAAUGGCUCCCACUGCACCACCUUCAACCAUAAUGGCUCCCACUGCACCACCUUCAACCAUAAUGGCUCCCACUGCACCACCUUCAACCAUAAUGGCUCCCACUGCACCACCUUCAACCAUAGUGGCUCCCACUGCACCACCUUCAACCAUAAUGGCUCCCACUGCACCACCUGCAACCAUAGUGGCUCCCACUGCACCACCUGCAACCAUAGUGGCUCCCACUGCACCACCUGCAACCAUAAUGGCUCCCACUGCACCACCUGCAACCAUAGUGGCUCCCACUGCACCACCUGCAACCAUAGUGGCUCCCACUGCACCACCUGCAACCAUAGUGGCUCCCACUGCACCACCUGCAACCAUAAUGGCUCCCACUGCACCACCUGCAACCAUAGUGGCUCCCACUGCACCACCUGCAACCAUAGUGGCUCCCACUGCACCACCUGCAACCAUAGUGGCUCCCACUGCACCACCUGCAACCAUAGUGGCUCCCACUGCACCACCUGCAACCAUAGUGGCUCCCACUGCACCACCUGCAACCAUAGUGGCUCCCACUGCACCACCUGCAACCAUAGUGGCUCCCACUGCACCACCUGCAACCAUACCCAGCCAGCACUGGAUGAUGGGACCCAUGUUAGUAUUUUUUGGGCUACUUUAUGGGCCCCAUGUGGGCUGGCCACACGGGGCCCAGAUAAAUUUGGCCACGGGAUUCAUGUGGGUUUCAGGUGGGCUGCCCAAGUGGGUUGA